AUGGUUACUACAAUUCUCAACGUGCAAGGUAUGACUUGCACUAGCUGCGUUGCUUCGAUUCAAGCAAUGUUGAAAUCCGUCGAGGGUAUGCAGCAAUUUACUGUGUCAUUGUUGUUGGAACGAGCCGUUGCUGUCUACGAUAUGAGCACAAUUUCUCCCGAAGACAUCAAAGAGAGAAUCGAAGACUGUGGGUUUGACGCUUCAAUCAUCUCUACGUCGGAAGGGGAACAUGGAGAGACUGCUUUGUAUUAUCUUUUAUCUCCGCUAAAUCAGGAAUUGCUAGAAAAGGUCCAAAGCCAAGUGAACGACAUACAGGGUGUUUUGUGUGUCCGUCAACAAACCCAGCCGGAUGCUGUCAUUCACGUCAGUUACGAUUCCGAAAUUACUGGCCCUAGAACGAUUUUGAAAGAAUUACAAUCUAUGGAUGUCACAUGCACGUACAAAUCCGUAGAUUCCAUGUCCUCCAGGCUUCACUCAUUUCAGCGGUUGGAUCAAGCAAAGGUGUGGAGGUCUCGCUUUAUUGUGUGUAUUAUUUUCUCUUCUUUUGUUAUGUUGCUUCCUAAAGUUUUCGAUUCUUGUGAAAGUAUGCGUAACGUCUUCCUUGUGCCUCAUUUAUUUGGCAUCUGUGCUUCUGACUUGGUUACUCUAUUGCUAUCUAUUCCAGUACAAUUCGGUGUCGGAAGAGUGUAUUAUAAAACCGCAUUCCGUUCGUUAAAACGCGGUACUGCAAACAUGGAUGUUUUAGUUUGCUUGGGCUCUACUACGGCUUUCUUAGCUAGCGUUUAUUUUAUGCUACUGUAUAAAGCUCACCAUUCUGAUUCGUAUAGAACAGCUCCCAUCUUUUUUGAUACCUCCGACAUGCUUCUGUCUUUUGUAACCCUGGGAAGAUACCUGGAAAGUAAAGCAAAAGGCUCUACAUCUGCUGCUCUCUCCCAGCUUCUUAAUCUUGCCCCUUCAAAUACGACUAUUAUUGAAGAUGAUGAACAGAUUGACGUAGAAACUGAUUUGGUACAGCCCGGUGAUACAGUUUUGAUUCGACCAGGUGAUCGCAUUUCUGUCGAUGGUAUAAUUAUUGAAGGAUCCUCGUAUAUAGAUGAGAGUUCUGUUUCAGGUGAACCUGUGCCUCUUUAUAAAAAAAAGGAUGACUCGGUUCUAAGCGGUACUGUAAACGGAAAUGGUCGUAUACUUCUCAAAGCUUCAAAGUCCCCUCGCGAAUCGCAAUUAGCGGUCAUCGUGGAUUUGGUUCAGAAGGCUCAAACAUCCAAGGCGCCUAUCCAGGAGUUCGCGGAUAAGGUUGCCGGUAUAUUUAUUCCUAUAAUCAUAAGUUUGGGGCUGUCGACGUUUGUGUUUUGGUACCUAUUCGUCAGUUUUUCAACCACAUAUCCUCCAAUUUUUAAUGAUAGCAUCGGAAAAUUUUCCGUUUGUUUGAAGUUAACUAUUAGUGUAAUUGUAGUAGCUUGUCCUUGUGCAUUGGGCUUAAGCACACCCACUGCAGUUAUGGUUGGAACUGGCGUUGGCGCUUUAAAUGGAAUAAUCGUAAAAGGGGGUGAUAUUUUAGAAGCGUUGAACAAAGUUGAUACCGUAGUGUUUGACAAAACGGGAACUCUCACCCGUGGUGAAUUAACAGUUAACCAAAUGGAAGUUGUUGAGGAAAAUUCAAGGAAAUUAAAUAUUUCUGUCGAUAAGAUUUGGGGAUUAGUAUAUACGGCGGAACUUGCUAGUGAGCAUCCCAUCGGCAAAGCGAUUACUGAAAAAAUUCGAAGUCUUAAAAAUACUUAUCCAAUGGAACUGAAAUCUUUUGUUGCAAUCCCGGGCCAAGGAGCCAAGGCAGAAGUUUUAUAUGAAGAUCGUCUUUUCACUUUAUUACUGGGCAAUUCACUGCUGUUAAAAGAAAACCAGAUUCAUACUCCCCUUGAAGUUGAGCAUAAAGUGGGUUUUGCAUCUAACGAUGGAUUAACAUGUGUUCAAAUUUCUAUUGAUAAUGAAUUUAUGGGCUUUUUGGGAUGUAUGGAUGAAUUGCGCCCGGAUGCCGUGCGCUGCGUGUCAGCAUUAAAAAUGAUGAAGAAGAACGUAAUUUUACUUACUGGUGAUCAGCUUCCUACCGCUCGAAGAGUUGCCUAUGAUGUUGGUAUUUUGGCCUCAGACGUUUAUGCAGAGGCAGUUCCAACCACGAAAACAGCUAUUGUUCAACAGAAGAAGGAUGAAGGACAUUGCGUAGCAAUGGUAGGAGAUGGUAUUAAUGAUUCUCCUUCGUUGGCUCUAGCUGAUGUCGGUAUCGCGCCUAGCAGUGGAUCUGGAAUUGCUUUGGAGAGCGCCGAUGUUGUUCUUGUUCGCAAAGGCAUUUUAAUUGACGUUGCUGUUGCAUUUGAUCUUGCUAAAGUGAUUGUUAGAAGAAUACGUUAUAAUUUAGUAUGGGCAUGCACUUACAAUCUUUGCAUGAUUCCUAUAGCUAUGGGCUUUCUUUUACCGUGGAAUGUAUAUUUAAAUCCAAUGUGGGCAAGUGCAGCAAUGAUGUUUUCUAGCCUUAGUGUAACGCUUAGCAGUCUACUGCUGAAGAGAUGGAAAAGGCCUGCACAAUAUAAUUCUAUUGAUGAGACAUCCGAUUUUGAAAAGGACUCUUUUAAGCAAAAGCUUCGAAAGUUAUGGGUUUCUUUACGCAGUAAAUUAAAAUGGGGUUCUACGCAAAAUAGUUAUCAGCGGGUUGACAACCAAGUAUAA